GUCACAUGCGCCAUAUGACUUUUGUUUUGACUUCGUUUUUUUUGUUUUUUCCCAAAAAAACUCGUGCAAAAUGUUUAAUUUAGUAAUUAGCUAAUAAGAAUCCGUGCAAUAUAUAGUUUUAGAAUAGCCACCCUAGCGGUGACUGACCUGGCCGGCGAGUGACCACCCAGCGAUAGGGGAGCGUGAUUCGGCCUUUUGGGGGCCCAGAACAUGUCAGCGGCCGCGGCCGAGCAUUGUUUGUUGUUGUUGUUGCUGGUGGUGCUGCCUGUUGCCAGGCAACGAAAAACGCAAACACAACAAGUUACGGUUACGUCGCUGUUCGGGCCACUUCCUUCCGGUCCUAUUUCUGCGCCGUAAUACAGUUUUCUACGUUCUCCGACUGCACGUUAGCCCGAUGAACCGAGGAACGAGUUUCCCAAUUAUUUCCCCAAAAAAAAACCACAAGAAAUUCUUUAAGGAAUCCCAGGGAUUUGCAAGUGAAGGAUUCCCAUUCGAAGGAACAUUGGAUGUACCUGGAAACUGGAGCACAGCUCUGGGGAUACUCUUUGGAUACUCUUACCACGACGUAAUGCAGCCGCAAAAGGAAAGGAAUCCGCAAGAAUCAAGAAAAUAAAGUACACCUACGCACCGCCAUUGCCUUACGUCCGACACAGACAGCAACACAAUACAGAUUGAACAGGGAAAGACAGAGACAGAGAGCUUAAAAAUCAAGGAAUUUCACACUGAAAGUGCAACCAGAAGGAAAGAAGGAAGGAAGAAAGAAGAAGUCUCAGUGACAGCUAAACAAAAGUGGAAUAAAUAGAACUGUAAGCAAAUGACCACGCGCCUGGCACCCCAGCGCCAGUUCAUCAUCUCGACGCGCUCUGCCGUGGCUAGUGCCAGCGCCAGUGCCGUCGUUGUGGAUGCCAUCCAAGCGGAGGCAGCGGAGGAGCUGCAGCAGCAGCAGCUGCAGGAGGAUGUGCUGACCGUUGAGGUGGAGAACACCAACCACACCGCUGCGACCUCCGUUAGCACAUCGCCGACACAUGCCGAGCAGUUCGAGUUCUGCACGGAGGAUGGUGUUGUUGUCUCCGCCACCCUGGAGGACGUCAUGACGCAGAACUGCCAGCUCCUGCAGAAGAAAUUAAGCGAAGGCGACGACACUGUCACGGGCACUGCAAACGGAGCCGAGCAGCUGGAGGUGAUACGCGUCGUCCUACCCAUGGAUGCCAGCGACUCGAGCAACGAGGCCCAUGCCCAUAUCCAUGGGCAUGUGGUCAACAGCAGCAGCGACAUCGGCGGCACCAUCACCACCACAGAGCCCAAUGGCAGCACCAUCACCCAUUCCAUACCCUUACACAGCAUGGCCGACCUGAGCGCCAUCAAGAAUGGCGUCGAUCUGGCCCAGCAGGUGGCCAAUGGCCAGGUGACCGUGGUGCAGGCCACCGAGGAUGAUGACGGCACGCCAUUUAUCACCGUUACGGUUUCCGGCCAGGAGCAGAACUACCAGGUGCAAUAUGUGGACUCGGAGCUCUACCACAGCAACUCCAGCCAGACGCAAAUGACAUAUCCGUUCUGCCCGGUGGGCGAUUACCAGGGCAAUGGUCAGACAUACUACUCGACUAGCACGUCGACGGGCCAGUAUGCGGCGACGACGCCGUCGGCUGGGGGCAAUGCGGCGGGCAAUGCGGCCCACUCCACGACGCUGCCCUACCUGGUGCCCGUGGAGGAGGGCCUGCUGCUGAACGGCUCCUCGCAGUCGCACAGCCGCGACUCGCCGCACAGCCUGACGGUGAGUAGGGAGCGGGGACGGGAGUGGGAGCCACCUGAGCCAACUGUCACUACAUUGACUAACCCUUGGGCCACCCUUGGGCUGCAGCACGAGGUUGCCUACAUCCAGGAGGCGCAGAGCACGCCCCAGACGCCCACCUCGACGACGACCACCAACUCGGCCAGCGGCGGCAGCCUCGGGACGGGCGGCGGAGGCGCCUCCCCCGAUUCGGAUCAGAGUGCGCUCGGCAACAGCAACAAGAUUGCCUCGGCAACGAUCAAAUGGUUGUCACGCAACUACGAGACGGCCGACGGCGUCAGCCUGCCCAGGUCCACUCUGUACAACCACUACAUGCAGCACUGCAACGAGCAGAAGCUGGAGCCCGUGAAUGCAGCCAGCUUCGGCAAGCUGAUACGCUCCGUGUUCUCCGGCCUGCGCACACGUCGCCUGGGCACGCGCGGCAACUCCAAGUACCACUACUAUGGCAUCCGCAUCAAGCCUGGCUCCCUGCUGAACCAUCACUCCAUGGAGGACACCAAGUCGAUGCACGGCUACGGGCCAUCCGCCGGCAACGGGGCCCUGGUUAGCGUCAGCAGCAGCACGUCCGGCCAGAUUGCCGGCUCCAAUGGCAGCAUGGGCAUGUCCGGAUCCACCGGCCAGCGGAACGGAACAUCCAAGAAGCACAGCUUCAAGCCAGAGACCUACGAGGCAUGCAUCCAGUACAUUGGCGACGGUGGCAGCGCCCUGCCCUCGUUUCCGCCCAUCGAGCUGAGCCACAGCUUCAGCACGGAGCUAACGCUGGAGGAUGUGGACACGUUUCGGGCCCUGUACCGCGAGCACUGCGAGUCCUUUCUGGAUGCGGUGCUGAAUCUGGAAUUCGGCACCGUGGAGUUCCUGCUGCGCGACUUCUGGCGUUCCAGCGACAACAACAAUCUGGAGGAGUGCGAGGAGGAGAAGUACUUGAGCAAGACGAAGCUGUAUCUGUUGUGCCACUGCGCAGAAGUGCAAAAGUUCGUACGCGAGGUGGACUAUCAGUUCUACCAGAACACAGUGGAUGUCAUCAUACCGGAUGUACUGCGCUCCAUACCGAAUGCCCUGACCCAGGCCAUACGCAAUUUUGCCAAGAAUCUGGAGCUGUGGCUGUGCGAGAGCAUGAUGGGUGUGCCGGAGCAGUUGGCCCAGAUCAAGACGAGCGCCGUCUCCGCCUUCUGCCAGACACUGCGUCGCUACACCUCGCUCAACCAUCUGGCGCAGGCCGCACGAGCCGUGCUCCAGAACGGAGCUCAAAUCUCCCAAAUGUUGAGCGAUCUGAAUCGCGUCGAUUUUCACAACGUGCAGGAACAAGCCGCCUGGGUGAGUCAGUGUGCUCCGGCUGUGGUGCAGAGAUUGGAGAGCGACUUCAAGGCCGCCCUGCAGCAGCAGAGCUCGCUGGAGCAGUGGGCCAGCUGGCUGCAGCUGGUGGUCGAGUCCGCCAUGGAGGAGUAUACGGGCAAGCCGACAUAUGCGCGUGCCGCCCGCCAGUUCCUGCUCAAGUGGAGCUUCUACAGCUCGAUGAUCAUACGGGACUUGACGCUGCGCUCGGCCUCGAGCUUCGGCAGCUUCCACCUGAUCAGACUGCUGUUCGACGAGUACAUGUUCUAUCUGGUGGAGCACAAGAUAGCCGAGGCGCAGCAGAAGACGGCCAUAGCGGUGAUAUGUGAGCGCAUGAAGAAAGAGAUGGACUUUGAAUUCGAGUGCCAGUUUGCGUACAUUACCAGCGAAACGGAGCAGCAGAACACCCCCAGCUCGGUCAGUGGCGGCGGGGAUGUUGGCAACGAGGCGAAGCGACUGAAGCAGGAAUGAGUUGCUGUGCGAUGCGAUGCGGAAGUGGUAGUGGAAGCAGUGAAACUAGUAUUCAUAGUCAACGAUUUUAUGUAAUCCGUAAUUGUUAUCCCGAUCAGUGUGCACCUCCCCCCCCAGUAACCCUGUCGCCCAUAUAUUCAGCUCUGCAUUUAAUAGUCGAACCGUGUGUUGUAUGUACGUAUCCGUAUCCGUAUUCGUAUUCGUGUGUUAGUUUGUAGCCCUAAGUUCCCAGACUGUAAGCGUAGUCGAUCAGUUUUAGUAGUAACAUUCUCUAGGCAGACUCUCAAGACUCAUGGCUCAUGUGUAGCUGGUGCUAGCGCUGGCUGGAUGAGUGUUUUGUAUGAGUGUGAGUAUGAGCAUUGCCCCCGCAUUGAAGUGAAGAGCCGUCCAGCAGGCAGGAGGCAGCAGCAGGCAGCAGGCGGCAGCAAGGCGCAAGCCGCAAAAAGCAACGUACUGGCCUUGCCUGCCUGCCCGCCCGCCCGUAUCAACUGAUCUGAUCUGAUCUGAUCUCUGAUCUCUGAUCGAUCCGUGUUGUAUGUAUUCAUAAGAUACAUUUUAGUUUAAGUACAUGUGCAUUAAUAUCUGUAAUUUAUGUGUAACUCAAUCUAUUGUCUAUUGUCUACUGUCGUCGGCAACCUACUACUGUCUACGAUAAUGUUAAUUCCUUGUGUUUGUUUACGAGCGGAGUGAGCGGAGAAUGCAUCAGUUUUGUCUGGUUUCAAAAAACUAUCUUGUAUCUUGUAUGUCACAGCGCACAGCGCACGGCGCACAUUCGCACACAUAGAUACACAGAACACACAGAACACACACACAUACACAUAGAGCACUUCACGCACACUGAAAGCAAAAGCGAGAGUUCGAUUUUAUAGAUUUUAUGCGGAAAAAAGAAAGAAAAAAACAACAGCUUGCUCAACGUAUAAGUAGUAUCCAGCUCAAACCUAAGUUAAGUGAACAACAGGCCUUAAAUGUGCAAAGAUCAACACUCAAUUUUGAAACAAUACAAUUUACCAUAUACCUUAUACCAUAUACCAUAUAUCUAUAUGGUAUAUAUACAUAUAUAUAUAUAUAUAGAUUAAGAAACAUGAAUGUAAUAUGUAUAUUUUAACUACAAGUGGAGAGAUCAUUUUAUUACGAAAUGCUCUAGGGGAGCAGCAGCAUACAAUACAAUAUAUUUUAACAGAGGCGCUUUUCAAAGUAUUUUAUGCCAUUUUAUGUGUACGAGUACAAGAUGCAAAACGAACCAAACCAAACCAAAAUACGAUUUGCUUUGCACAUCGAUUAACCCAAGUAACCAAGCGGAUGGCUUCGUGCUCCAUCCAACUGUCUAGUCCUAAAUAAGGCACACACAUCUGAAAUUAUCUCUGCCUGGCACAAACGAACGAAUACAAUACAUAUUCGGCUCUUGUCGAAUCUGUCCCCGGUCUGGCAGUGAAUGGACAGGGGAACAUGUGCAUUAGCAUGAUAUCUACACAGAGUUCCUCUCGCACUGUUCUCUCUGUCCACUCCUGCCGCCCCUGGCUGCCCAGGCAGCGAAGCUCAAUUACGAUCUGCUCAAUAUGCAAAUUGCUUAGCUAACACCUAAGUUUUAUUGGUUGUUGAAUAAACCGAAAAUGGAAAACAAAUAACAAAACUAUUGAAAUGUCAAAACUAUUUAUAUAUGUGAAAUAAAA